CGUCUUCUUGCCCUCGUCUCCUUGUACGAUAUAGGCUGCCAGUGGAGCAUCAACUUCUGGGAACGGAUAGUAGAGAUGCCUGACUACCUGCAAAUUUCUGAAUGUGUCGUUAAUGUUCUCUUCAUUGUCCCGGCAUUCCAUCUUAAGGCCCAUAUUGAAAAGUGCAAGCCCCUUUUUUCUCCGUGGUUUUCUCGCCGGCUCGCGCAGAUGGAGUUCGAGGCAAUCAAGAGGAUAUGGGCGAUCAUAAAUGGUAUAGCAUUCAGCAUCAGGGAGAUGAGGCCUGGACACUGGCACGAUACCAUCGACGACUUCUGCGGGUAUGUAAAAGAGAGACAGAGAGGGGGGGAGGAGAGGAGGAAAGAGUGGUAG